CGGUUCCGCUUCUGAAUUUGUGUGCACACGUUGUAUUUAAUAAAGCUUUUCAAUAGCACUGUCGGACAUGUAUUAAACCCCAUAAGUUUACACCAGUUCUGUGGUUUUCAAAGCUUGGGAUCAGUGGCCUUUUAUUGGAGAACGUAACAUAUAAACACAUUACGAGCUCAAAACAUCCGUUUAAUCUGUAUAUAUUUUCAAAUUUUGCUAAAAAUAAAACAAUGGCUGAAAGCGACUGGGAUACUGUGACUGUCCUAAGAAAGAAGGGACCGAGUGCCGCGCAGGCGAAAUCCAAACAGGCCAUAGUGUCAGCGCAGAGACGUGGAGAAGAUGUCGAAACUUCAAAGAAGUGGGCCGCAGGCCAGAACAAGCAGCACCUGGUGACGAAGAACACUGCAAAGCUGGACCGCGAGACAGAGGAGCUGCAACACCAGCGUGUGAGCCUGGAGGUGGGAAAGGUCAUCCAACAGGGUCGCCAGAACAAAGGCCUGACGCAGAAGGACCUGGCAACCAAAAUCAACGAGAAGCCCCAGGUAAUCGCAGACUAUGAAUGUGGGAAAGCCAUUCCCAACAACCAAGUGAUGGGCAAGAUCGAGAGAGCUAUCGGGCUGAAGCUGCGAGGGAAGGAUAUUGGUGAACCCCUCGAAGCGGGACCCAAGAAGAAAUGAAAACAAAGCCUCGAAGUCAGCCCAUCCCUCAUCCCCCAUUCCCCAUCCCCCUAAUCCCUAAAAAUCUCUGAUUGAUGCAGACCCCCCACUACCUGGGCUGAUUCACUUGGAUCCCUCUGGGGUCCAGGUGUCCAUCAAAUUUCCAAGUUUAAGAAUGAGGAGCUUUCAAUGCAGAACCAAAUCCCAAAGCUCUGUUAUUGAUUCCUUUUUUUUUUUUUUUUGCUUUUUGCAUGACACUAUAUUUCAAUUGCCGAAUAAAGACAAAGUGUCACACAAAAACCCUGCAUUUCCAGAUUUGGGGCUCAAAGUUCAGUCAGGCCCAAGUAUGUAUUCAGGUUUUACCUUUAUUUUCAUCUUAUAAUAAAGUUGAAAAUGCA